ACGACGAUCCUGGCGGAAUCGAGCUGCGGCGAAGGAGAAGGAGGAGGCGGCGAGGGGGCGACGUUAACGGGCGGGCAAGGCCGCCAUGUUGAAUCGGUCUGGUUAAUUUUUGCGGAGAGCCGAAGUUUUCCUCAACGCGCGCGCGGAAGGUAGCGGCAUAGCUGCGCUCAAGGUUGCGCGUCGCCCGGGCAUCGCGCGCGCGAAUCGUUCGGGACAGACAGGCAGGAGGGCGCCCCCUUCUUUCCCCUGUUGCCACGACUCCGCCGGUAUACGAUUGGUGGUCGCGCGCGCGCGUCCCCGACUCUGUUCUUUCUCCGCGGUUCUUCCGGCUCUCUGUGUGUGUCUCGUCCGCCGUGUCGUCGGCCAUGCACGUUCGCUCCCUGCGCUCUCGACUCGGUGUCUUCGUUGAUCGCGCAACGGACCGCUCGGAGACGCUCGCCCGUCCCUUGUGACGUGCGAUUUUGUUCCGGACGAUCGCGGAUUACACGGAGGAGGAGAGUCUCUUUACAGUGAGUGCGUCUAAAACGAUAGACGAGACGAGGGACAGAGAGGGCGAGAGGGAGGAGUAUCCACGACGACGACAUGGCAACGAUGAUGACGGUGAUAAGGAAAGUUUGAUAAGUGAACAGAGUGGAAAGACGCGGAUAGAUAGAGGCGGAGGAGAGAGACCGGCCGGUCGGCCGACCACACACGUGUGCACUGACCACAGAUAUGCGAGGCGUGCACGCCAUGUCGAGUGAGUGCAGUGAGUAAUAUAUACAUUGUAGCGUGCGAUAGGUGCCGCCGUCGCGAGGAGUGAAGAGUGAACGACGGUGUGAAGUGAGGCGAGCGAGAAACGACCGGGUGGAAGGGAAACGGCCUCCGUGACCAGGUCCUCCUCGCCGUGUGUGUGUGUGUGUAUCAAUCAGCCCGCGUAUGUCAGCCGAUCCACGCCGCGAAUUCCCCGGAUCGUCCUCCAUCGACCUCCAAGAGUGAUCAUCGCCCGAAAGAAUGGAGGCCAUGGAUCUGGACGGGGAUGCGGUGGUGGAUCUGAGUGUCAGCAGCAGUGGCAGACGCAGUUCUCCAUCUGUUUCUGUGAAUUCCGGGGACGCGGCGGUGCCGUUAGAUUUAGGCAUUCACAUCUCCACCAGCCCUAAUCUCGAGAACAACAUGCCGGAGGCUCGUAACAUACAGAACGCAGCGCGCGGCAUCCUGGCGCCCAAAUCGGGAGAGGAUCGUAAGACCCGGCGCAGCCUCAGACCCAGGAUAGAGAGGAGCUAUGCGGAGAGUCCCGAUGAGCCCAGGAUAAAUGGAUACCUAAAUGGGAACGCGUCCGACAGUGAGGAAGGCGAGCUGCCCCCUCUGCUGCCUAUCAAGGAACUGUCGAGCGACGAGUUGGCCGAACGCGAGAGAAUGCUCAGGAAGCUGAAGGAGGAGCUCAAGUCCGAGGAGAUGAAACUGGUGCUGUUGAAGAAGUUGCGCCAGUCGCAACAGCUGAAGGAGAACAUCGCGGUGCCGAAGGCCCCUAGCAAAUUGCCGCCGCAAGUGACGGCGGUGCAGCAAGCGCCUCACAGUCACAGAACGAGCAAAGCGCCUCCUCCGUUGCUGAGGGGCCAACCGGCGCCGAGCAGAAGCAGUAGCUUGCACGCUCCGCCACCGGGCAUGGUGUUGCCGCCGACAGCAGGUAGAAACGCGACCAUCUCGAGUACGGGAAUACCGCCGAACAUGGUGAUACCGCAACCACCUCAUCCCAGGGGCAGGCCGCCCAGCACGACGCCGAAUGUGUCGAGUUAUCAUGCGCCGGCGGAUAGAACGGAAAGAUCCACGAAGGAUCCGACGCCAGCUCCCGCACAUCAAGUAAGUAAGCUGCUUGUUGGAUCGCAGGAAAAUAAAACCACCGCAUCCUUAAGCACGCCUGUGAAUUCAGAACAGGAACGACCACGGGAGGAUAAUCAGACACCCGCUCAACGUCAAGCAGCCGCCAAAUUAGCCUUAAGGAAGCAGCUCGAGAAGACACUGCUGCAAAUACCGCCGCCGAAACCGCCGCCGCCAGAGAUGCAUUUCGUACCGAACCCUUCCAAUACGGAGUUCAUAUAUUUGGUCGGCCUGGAGCACGUGGUCGACUUUAUCACGAAGGAGCCGGCCAUACCGCCGCCUCCCGAGCCGUUCGAGUGUUCACAAUGCAAGACAGACUUUACACCUGUAUGGAAAUGGGAGAAACCUUUGCCCGGCGGUAAUAAGGACAGUCCCAGAGGGCAACACGCGACCUUCCAACGGCCCGCAGCAGGUCGUGACCCGAGAGUCAUAUGCGAGCACUGCGUAACGACUAACGUUAAGAAGGCCCUGAAAGCGGAGCACACCAAUCGAUUAAAGACUGCUUUCGUGAAAGCGCUGCAGCAGGAACAAGAGAUCGAGCAAAGGCUAGCACAAGCGGCGUGUCCGAGCCCGGAUCCUCCUGCUCCGAAACCAGUUCCUAAGGCAGCCACUCCCACGAGAAGAGUAGCCACACCACCUGCGCCUCUACCGCAGGUACCACCGGCACCGACGUUGACGCCAACACCGCCGGCGCCAAAGUUGCAGGAGCAUCCCCUGGUGAAGCUGGCUGAAAGCGGAAAAUUCAGCCCGCAUCACGCAGCAGCCGCAGCGGCUCUGCAACAACAGUUGCUACGAGAAUUGGCGAAAAACCCGGUGCCGGGUAUACCGCCGCAUCAGCCUCUCCCCGCUCACAUGAUGCCGCCGUUCACCUCCAUAUUGUAUCCGUAUCAAUUGGCGAUGGCGCAGGCUGCCGGUGGCAAGGGCCUCGUCGAGUUACAGCGACAAGCGGCGGAUCUUCAACGUCAGUAUCUGCUUGACAUGAUACCGUCGCAGGCAUCUCAGGCGCAAGGCAACCAAGCACCGCCAAGGGCUCAUCCGCACAACUGGAAGACGUAACCGGACGCAUUUAAGAGAACGAACAGUUAAACGCGCGUCCGGAUGUCGCUGCGCGCACGUGUGGUAACGAAAUACAGAGACUCUCCUGCUCUCCUUUGUUAUGUAUAUCUAUUGAAGAGGGGAGAUUCUCUAUAUAUCUCUUUCUCUCUCUCUCUCUCUCUCUCUCGGAGUGUCGUGCGAUUGGCCACGGCUCUCUCGCACUCACUCUCUUUUUUUUUUUUUCUCUCUCUCUGUGCACCUAAUGAACAUUUUAAAAUGACUUACGCCAAUCGAUAUCGACGAUAUUGGCGUCGAGGUGUUGAAGCUCAAAUUGAUACACGUUCGAGAAAUGACUUCGUAUAGUAUUGUGAAAAGAGUGAUUAAUCGUUGUGAAUAUAUGUCAAUUCACAUGUGUGUGUGUGUGUGUGUGUGUGUGUGUGUGUGUUUGCGCGUGUGUAUGUGUAUGCGUGUGUGUGUGUGUGUGUGUGCGCGUGCGUGCGCGCGCGCGCGCGCGCGCAUGCGAGACUUUAUCGUUAUGUCCAAAGGAGUUAAGGUUUUAUUUCAGUCACCGAAUGACUUAACGCGGUAAUUAGUUCGUGUACGUAUGCGUCGUUUAAAAGAAAGGAAAAAAAGAUUAAUCGACCGCGUAUGCUCGAUUAUUCUUCUCCAGAGAAUGGAGGGGGGNGG